CCACUCAAGCCAAAGUAAAGUCAUUCAAUUUGAAAGAAUUCAGAGAGAAUGUCAAAGGAAAGGUCUGGAGACAUCCAGAAUAAUAACGAGCAACAAACAGAAGUAACUACAAGACCAAAAGGCUGGAGGUCAUACAUAAUAGAGCCUGCAGCAUUUCUAUACUGCCUUGCGUCAUACCCACAAUUAUCCACAACGAGGCAGUAUCUAUAUGAGAAAAUCGGGAAGCAAUACCAUUUUGAUUAUCUAAUUCGUACCGAGACAGCAGUUUGUGAAGUUAACCAUACGGAUCCCGGAUAUUUAGUCCAGCAAGAAAUCCAAAAAGAGACGUCAAUAUGGCGAUUAUAUUUCGAUGUCGCUUUCUGUAUAGCAGCGAUGUUGACAACAAUAAUGUUGGGUAGCUAUAGCGACAGAGGAGGACGUAAGAUUAUUCUUAUAAUUCCAGUAAUCGGGGAAAUUCUGGAGUUAUUUGUGUAUCUUAUAGAUGGAUACUUUAACCUGCAUAUUUCGUUUUUGCUCAUUGCAAAUGUUGUUCAUGGACUAUCUGGGUCUUGGAUGAUCUUUAUGUCAUCUGCGUUGGCAUAUGUUGCUGAUAUAACUGAUGAAUCUGAGAGAACAUUUAGGAUAACUCUGGUUUGUGCCAUUCUAGAGGUUGGAGGAGCAAGUGGGGAAAUAGGGUUAGGCUACUUCGUGAGGAACACAGGAUUUGCAUACCCCUUCCUCACAUCCUUGGCUGUCCUAGUCCUCGUAGUAUUUUACAUCAUCAUCUUUGUGCCCGAGACUGUCCAAGACACGACAAAAAAAUCAACAAUUUCUGAUGUUUAUAAAUCAAUGUACCGUUUAUACUUCAAAGAAGCGACAGGUUUUGUUAAACGGAGAUGGAAACUAAUAACAUUACUCAUAACAAGUUUCAUAAUUAUGACCCCAAAUACAAGCCCAUGGGAUGUUCUCAAUCUAAAAAUGCUCAACUACCCCUUAUGCUUCAAUCCUGUUCUGUUAGGUUACUGGGCCUUUACAGCAAUUGGAUCACGAGGAGUAGGGUCUAUGAUCUUUGUGAAGUUGCUCAGUAUACGCUUGGAGGAUAUCACUUUAUUUGUAAUUGGUGCACUCUGUGGUGUGAUUUACUAUAUAAUGGUCACUCUUGCUUACACAAAGCUGAUGAUGUUCCUAGCACCAAUAGUGGGGAUGCUGUGGACUGUGCCUUUGUCUGUGAUAAGAUCCAUGAUGUCAAAGUUGGUUGGGCCUGACGAACAAGGAGCAGUAUCAGCAAGUGUCGCUACUGUACAGACAGUAAGUUGCUUGGUGGGACAUGUCAUACUCAACGCCAUCUAUACAGUUACCGUGACAACAUAUGAUGGGAUCUGCUUCAUUAUAUUGGCUUCACUUUGUCUCUUAGCUGUUAUUAUUAUGAUACCAUAUAAUAUAAGGGUGAAACGAGAAGCAAAACGAUUUCAGGAGCUGACUGAACGAGCACCUCUUGUGACCUGACCUGAUAUUAUGAUUAUAACAAUAACAUUACCAUCUUUCAUCAAGUGACAGACACUGGAAAUAUUAUUAUAAAUAAAACAUACAGUGAUUAAUAAAGAAUGAAAUAAGUAAAAUGCAGGAUUGUGAAUGCUGCUCAAUAUAUCAAUUUAAAUACUUAUAAGGAACAGCUCAAAGAGCUAUGUACUACAUUUAAUGUACAUGUUUCACAUUUAGCAAGGCAAGGUGUGUCCAACAUCAGCCAAUCUGAACAAGUUAUUUCAUAUAACUGUAUUGCAUUAUUAUAGUCUUCAUGCAUUGUGCCAGAUUCAUUCCACUUGG